CUUUUUUUUUUUCUUUUUUUUCAUUUUUAAUUAAUAAUGGCCCGACCUUUAUUGUUUUCGAAAAGAACGUUAACAUUAGAUGAUUUCCUUCAACUUCAAUCUCUUUUAAAUUAUGAACGACAAGAACGUGAUAAUCAUAUUCAAGUAUGUAAUCACUACCAACAACAACAACAACAACAAGAAGAAGAAGAAGAGGAAGAGCCACUUUACUUUCAUCAUCCUUUCAUCAAGCUUCGUGGUAUUAAUCCUCAAGCUGCUCAUCAAUCUCAAGUUGAAAAGCAACGCUUAGAACAGGCAUUGAUACGUCUCAAGUAUCUUAAAGAUCAAUAUCGACGCCAACGAGCAGCUGAAAUCCAAGCCUAUCUUGAAGCCUAUCGUCGUCAAGCUCUCAUCUGUGCUGCUGCUGCUAUUCAGCAGCAACGAGAGGAGGAAGAAGAACGUUAUUACCGCCAAUGUAUCGCUGCUGCUUUGGAACAAAAGAGAGUCAAUGCUUUAUGGCAAAAUUAUUUAAAUGCAAGACGUCAACAAGCUUUGUUGCAAAAACAAUUUGAGAAACAACAUUUAGCAGGUUAUCGAGAUCAGAAUGGCGAUCAUAUGACCUCGAUGGAGGAUAAGACACUUUUUCCUACCAAUAAAGAAGAAGAAAAUGAUAAAGCUAAAGAAGAAGAAGAAGAAGAGAUGACAUCAUUAUCGUCAGAUGACGAAGAAGAAGAGAAUGACGAACAAAAAGGAUAUUCAAAGUAUCAUUCCGAGCAAUUGGCGGAGUUAUUGAAACAGGUAUUUGGGCAGAAUGCCGAAGAAGAAAAUUUUUAUGUUCGAGAACAACCCUCUUCUGGUAAACAACAGCCUUCUACAUCUGAGACAGAUGACGAAAAAGAGAUGGCUGACGUUUGGAAAUACAUUUCUGAUCAAAAAUUGAACUUUGAGACUCCUCGUUCUGAACAAAAGCAAGAAGAAGAGCAAGAAGAACAAGAAGAGGAGGAAGAGGAAUCUUUGGAGGGUGUAACUUCAGCUUCAAUGGAUAAUGGAUCAUCAUCAUCUGAUGCUGUUGCUACUAACAUAGUAAAACCCAAAUUACCAACAGAAAUAACAAAAGAAGAAGAACAGCAACAACCAAAGAGAGUUUUGCCUCCACUUCAAGAUCAUGUUGUUACUUUACAAGACUUGAUACAACAACUCGCUUCUGAACCAGUCUUGGUAAAUAAACAAUACAUGGAUGAACCUAAACCUUCUGGUAUUUGGGCCAGUCGUGAGGAGCAACAAAGGAAACAAAAACCUCAUCCUAUUGAUGCAUGGAUGAAUAAAAAAGAAGAAGAAGAAGGUAGAGAUGAUCGGUUUUUACCAAAACAGAUAUUCACAGAGGCAGAGCCUACACCUACUCGUGAACAAGUCAUCACUCCUCUUUCUUCGGUUCCCUCUUUUACGGACGACGAGACAUCUACUAAAAAUGAACAAGCUAAAUUUGUUGAUUCCGUUGCAAUUGAACAACAACAGGAUCAACCUACUAAGGAGCUCACCACUGAUCCACGCAAAGAAAAGGCAAACAAAGAAUUAGACACGAUUGCUCAACAGUUAGAUACUGACAGUAGCAGUACUGCUAGUGAACUCGUUCAAAGAUGGAAAAAUGUUUUGAAAUCUAAACUAUCUUUUACAAAGCAACCAGAGGGUACAUUUUUGUUGACAGCUUCUACAGAUGCAAAUCGACAGUUCCUAGGUUCAGAAGAUGAAUUAAUGCGUGUUAUGCUCAAGUUAGAUUCUAUCGAUAGUUUAGGCGAUGAUGAUAUUCGUCAAAAAAGGCGUGGAUUAGUAAAGAAAUGCGAACAUAUGUUGGAUGAACUAGAUCAGCUUAAAAAAUCACAAUGGGAAAAGAUAGUAACAUUGAACAAGAAAAAAAAUAAGCACAAUAAACAUCGCCAUCGCCAUCAUAAAAAGCAAAAUCCCAUGAUUACUUUUUAAUUUGAAUAACAAUAAAUUUGUCUCCCCUUUCUUCCUCCAAUUUCAUAAUGAUUCCUAAACUUUAAAUUACCCUUUUUUAUUGUUUUUUUUUCAUCUUUGAUAUCU